AUGGCAUCUACAAAGUUCAACGUCCCUCUGUAUCCCACAUGGGACGAUCAUGUUGUCUAUCUAUUCAGUCGGCCGUUCUGGAUAGAUGAUUCAGAUCCUGAGGCUGUUGGUCGACAUUGGAUUUCGCAAAUGCACGACUAUAGCCCUUCCGCUCCCAAGCAUCUCCAUUUGGACCUGUCUUCCCUAGAGUCUGUCCAAUACAAUAUUGUGACCAUUUAUCAACACCUCCGUUCCCGUUCCAUGCCAAUCACCAAGAACUCAAAUCACUUUUGGCCGAAAGAAGCUUUGGAGACAAUGCGUCUAUGGGCAAACCAAGGCUUUCGGAAAUCCGCUGAAGAUUCUUUCAAACAUCAGGAAGUGAUCCCGGAGGUGAAGGAUUCGAAGAUGCAGUUGAGGAUUAGGAAAGAUGUUCUCCUUUUGUCGGAAGAAGAGAUACAAGUCUAUCGUGAGAAGUUGGACGAUAUCCUUGAAGUUCGAUCUUUAAACAGCCCAUGGCAGGAGCUCGGGCUGCUUCAUGCUGAGUGGUGCCUCCAUUACCAAGAAGCCUUUGUUUUUUGGCACCGCGCGUACUUGAAAUACGUGGAGGAACUGACUGAUUUCCCUAUCCCCUACUGGAAUGGAUUCUCUGCAGAAUCAAGUGACCCCUCUUCUUCCGACGCUGGUAUACCCUCGAUCUUUUUGGAUGAGUUUUACAUUCACUCCAGUGGUGAGAAACGGAAGAAUCCGUUGAAAUAUGCUUUUUCCUUGAAUGGCACAAACAAGUCUGGCACAUCUCCAUAUGUGGAGCGUUACCAGGAGCUGAUUGAUGGUCGAAGCAAUCCCAAGUGGAGCGAAAAAGUCGGUAUGUUUGCUCUAUACCAUCGACAAAUUGCGAAUGCGUUGAGUCAGAAGGAAUUCUCUCUCCAACAAGGACAUGGCUAUCCAUGGGGCAAUAUUCCCGAUUUCUCCGAGAAUCAACCAGAUAGCCUUUAUCCCACAAGUGCACGUCAAUAUUUUGAUGGGCUUUUUGAACAGGUUCAUGAUAAUUAUCAUGGGUGGAUAGGACCCGAUAUGGUUCGCUGCUUCAUUUCCCCAGCUAAGAAAGUACUAACCCUUAGUAGGCUGAUAACUCCUAUACUGCCUUCGACCCUAUAUUCCUUAGUUAUCAUGCGAAACAUGGAUCGCAUUGCAGAAAUUUAUCUCCGCACUGGUCGUGGACGCCAUUUCUCGUCCAACUUCCCUCUUCGCCCUUUCGUGGACAACGCAUCCGCUCUUGCAUACGAUGAGCCGCGGGAGUAUCGCUAUACCACCUUAGGGGACAUGGCAAAGCCCACUCAGGCGAUGCGGUACUUGUACGGCUCGCCGAAAUCACCGGACUUUUUACUCAUUUCUGAGGAGCUUCGGAGUGCAGCCGCUUCAACUGGUGGGACGGCCGUAUCCAUGUUACCAGAGAAAAACAUAAACGGGUUAAAACCAGAAAGUGAAAUCGGAAUUUAUCGGCCAGGGCAUACACCAUAUGUUGUCUUCUCUGGGAUAUCCUGCCUGCAGGAAACCUAUGUGAUCGAUAUUUUCGUUUCCCAAGCUUGCAGCCUUGAACCUGUAACGAAAAAUGGGGACUACAUUGGACGGGUGACAAGGCUUGGGAUGGGUAAGGGAAGAGGCGAAAAGAGUGGAAUUCGGAAUCCCCAAAGAUGCCAAAAGACACCCAUAACGAGAAUCUUGGAUGCCACAGAUUUUGCAGAAGAUCUACAUCAAAAAGGCAUCAUACAGAUCGUCACUGAACUCCAUACAGGAAGGCGCGUCGAUGAAAGUGAAUGGAGAAAAAUGCCCGGCUUCGAGGGUAAAAUCAUGUGGCUUUCAAAGGGAGUGAACUAG